ACAGCUCCAAAAGUUCACUGACUGGUCAACUUAGCUUAAAAGUGACCCCAAGUCGUUUAAUUCUACAACGAAACUUCUUUAGCAGAUUUUUCAAAGUGUGACGAGCGACCUUACGUUGUUGCCGUUGUCCUGACGGCGAGCUAACAUGGUCAGGUUACCUCCGUUUAGCUAGCUCUACUGCUUUGUGUUGUAAACAGUGUUACGGCUAACUAACGGUCAACAACUUUACCCGAAUAAAGGAACAUUUCCAGCAGGUAAGUUAAUGCAAUAUAUGUUUAGACUCGUUUAUAACUUUUCGCUAACUUAAAAUCUAAGGAGAUAAUCUCAGUCAAAACUAAUCAUCAUCCUGAUAUCAAACUAAACUCUUGCUUUCCCUGUCUGUGUAUGAAAAAUCUCCACAGAUUACCCUAAACAUACAGGAUACAUGCAUCAUGUCUAUUGAUUUCGACAGUGCUGCUCUUCAAACUCAGCACGAUGAAGAGGAGUAUGACCAGGAGGACUAUGCAAGAGAGCAGGAGGUAAAAGAGGCAUGAGAAGAUGUCUUUGGGGCUGUCACCGAUGUUUGACAUUUUAAAUCUUUUUUUGUGGCUCCUGUUAUUCAAAGUAUUACAUGACAGAAGAAACUCUGGACAUGCUUGAAUUGUGAAACAAUAAGCUGGAUAACAUUAUAGUGCCUGUGCAAUUUGGCGUUUCUAUAUAGGUGAAAAGUGAAAGCACUUAUCACUACAGUGUGUUAAUAUGACCUACAUUACCAGUUAGCAACUUAACACAAAUAUUUUUGCCUGAAUGAGUCUUUUGACUGAGUUAAUGUUAUAAAGGGAGGUGUUUUAAGGCUUGCAUUGUUCACAUUUCACAAUCACUCUCAGCUCCCUGGCUUCACAGUCAUGCUGUUAUUACUCACACCUACAAUCUGUUGCUCUUCAAAUCUGUGCUAUUAUUGGCUCAGGGAAAGGCCUCCUUCCAGGUGUGUCACUGAAACUGUGGUUUCCCCGCUUUCUCUCUAUUUAGGUUAACUUGUUCCUCUGCUUUACUUCAUUUGUACUGAUAAGUGAGCGAGAAGCAGGGGUCUGUGAAUGUUCUUUUUUCUUAUGGGCUGUGACACUCAGGAGAAAUGGACUUUGGAAGAAUAUUUCUACGCAGGAUGGAUAUUUUUCACUUUGGCAUAGCUUAUGUAUUACAUGUGAGUUGGUGGAGUGGAAUUGUCUGCCACCAGCGAUUGGAAUGUUUCUGCUCCAGUUAACCUUGCCAUAUGUUUUGUCUGAACAAUAGAGUUCAUUGGGAGCAAAACACAGCAAUACGGCAGGGAGCUGACAACAUGCCAAGCACGUUUUGGAUGUUUCACACAGAGGGUCUCCCUGCAGAAGUACUAGAUUUUGUCAAGUGAAGAAGUGCCUUUUGAACGUUUUCUUUAAAUGUGUAAGAAGGAUAACAUGGGUCCUUCGGUUGUGGACACUGUGGAGGAUUUGAGGAAUAUUCAACAGUCCUUGUGUGAAGUAAGUUCAGCUGGCUCUGCUUUGUUCCAUCACUCAUGGCUGGUUGUAAAACAAGCUUGGCCUAUCUGCUCCUGACGCAAAGAGGGUUUUGUCUUGUUUGUGUGUCAUUUCAGACUACUACUUGUUGAGACAUAAACAGACAUUGUGGCUUGUUAGCAUGUUGUGCUCAGUUUGUGUUUCAUUAUCUAAUCUAAAUGAUGAAUUAGCAUUUACUAUAAAGAAAGGGCUUCAUACGAAUGAUGGCAUGAGCUAACUAUAACAUUAGGAUGAAUUGGAAAAUAUUCACAUUCAAGGUGCUUAAAUCAGAGAAGGUUUUGAAAUUUUGGAAAUGACUUAAAUAAUUAAAAGAUAUAAUGUUCAAUACAUGCUGUAAACUGAAACAGACAUGAAUGAAAUCAUUGUAAACACUGAAUCAUUUAAAAAUGUAUCUAAGGUAGAGACAGAUACUUCAUCUCUGUACAACAGAAUAUUGGUUUUAACCCUCUGUUAUAGAAAACAAAUAUUCUCCAUACACUUAUCUGUCUCUCAGGUCAUUGAUUGGUUCUCUGUUAAAUCUGUGUUUCUUUACAACUUGGUUGCGGGGCAACCGUGGUGACUCAUUUCCAUGUGCUGUUUUUCUGCAGCUGCAGAAACUGCUCACAGACCUGCCUGAUGACAUGCUGGAAGACAGCAUAGACUCCUCCUCCCCAGAGCUGGAGUACUCUGCCUUCAGCAAUAAAAACACCGGCAACAGGUAACAUAUGUUACAGUUCAGACUUGGAGAUCUUUCUCUGUUAUACAAACAGACAAACUUAGUAACAGAUUAUUGUUUAUAUAUGCUUUUUUUUACCCUUUGACCUUAGUCCUCAGUCUACAUGGACCCAGCAAUGGUCAGCUCAUCCAAGGCCAACCUCCCAUGAACAGGUUGGUAGUAAGUUAAGUGUCACUAUUGUUAGUCUUUUUUAGCUCCAAAAAGAAAAACAAAUCAAUUUUAAACAAACGAUUCCCUGCUUAUAUGAUGAAUUCUUACAGGAUGAGUAUGCGUACGAGAACGGUGCUGUUCAGAUCAAUGGACAUCACGGUCACCCUCAGAGUCAACCUCUACCUCACACCUGGAACCAGCAGUCACAGGAUCACCAGUUCUCCCAGGGAGAUUAUACAUACACCAGUAUAGGCACAGAGAGAUCUACAGAGACCAACGAUAACUCCACAGAUGAGUAUGGUUCCCAACCAUACACCCAGGGCACCACGACCUGUGCAGUGUAUGACCAAGGGGGCACACACAGAGAAAACCAAAUCUAUGGGGACCACAACAACACCAGAAACCACAUUCAGGUGAGUAGAGUUGAUUAUUUUGUUUCAUUUGCAACUGCAGAUCAAUGAAGCAUCAACUUUAACGACUUAUUCCAUCAAUUAUUCCUCUCGUCUCUUAUUAACUUGACAUGAACAUCUUAUAAUCAUGUAGUCAGUCAGUCCUUAUUUUUGUUGCACUACUGUUAUUAGUUAAGCAUAAAAAUACUUAAGCGUGCAACUCUGGAUUGAUUCAUGAGAAACUUGCGUUUUUUUUAAUCUCCACUUUAGAAUUUAAGGUCUACAGCAGGGGAAAGAGUUGUUGAUCAGUACAAAGCCAGCUAUAAUCCUCACCAUCCUGCCCACCAGCCAAAGAUGUUCAACUCUAAGGCUGCGCACCAACAAGGUCAACUGGACAAUCUGCAAAGAGAAUUCCUCGACUCAACACAACGUGAGUUUGAGUCUUGAUUUCAUUCAUGAAUAGUUUAUAUGAGAGUCCAGUGACAUGUAAUCACAAUACUGACAUAGGUGAAAACUGAUUUAUUAUUCUCUCUGCUUGAUUAAUUUUGCUGACAAUCGUGCAAAGCAAAAAGGUUGGUUUCUUGUUUUUUUUUUGUUUUGUUUUUUUCAUAAAUUCUGAGGUCUCAGCCUCCUUUGAGUGGAUAUCCUGUGCUCAGGUUUUGACUCACAAAGUGACUCUCUUUCAAAGAAUAUUUGAGAAGAAAUUGGCUUUUAUAAUUUCAAUUCAGCAGCAUUAUGAAAUGAAAUGUAUUCCAAUAGACCACAAGAAAACUUUCAUUAUAAUUGUAAUGCUGAGGAGCUUUUAUCAUUUUCAUCACCCGUCAUGAUAUUAAGACAGGAAACCCUGACCUGACAGCACCUUAAACCACCAUGGAAGUCUUAGGCUGAUUUGUCUUAGAAUUUCACAUUUCUCUUUAAAUUGUCAUUGUUCAAAAUCAGAUGUUUCCAUAUUUUUCUGUAAGCUGAGAAUGAUCGACGGCAUUUCUGUGUUGUAUUUCAGAAACUGCAGACAGAGAGCAGCUUGCUCAGCUUCAGAUUUUAAACAAAGCUCAGCAGAGGCAGAUUGAAGAUUUGGAGCAGAAACUGGAAGAUUCGAGACGUAACAUGAGAUACCUGGAGCAUCAGUUUGUAAUAGCCAAAGGUAGGUUUCAUCCUUCUUUUCUCUCAAGAGGAAGUUUUUAACAUGACUGCAUUUUAAAGGCUAAGUGAACUCAUGUGGAUAAUGUCAUUUCACGCUGUCACACAAGAUUCACAGUGUCUCUGUACUGUGUAUGUGGUGUACUGUACACACAUGCAGUACACUGUUAAGAUGCAUGUUGCCCCCUUGUGGCUGUAAGAGGACUUGCACUAUUUACAGAAACACAGAGGCUUCUUGUGUUGUUGUCCUCUUAUGGGAUGCCCUGCUCUUAGACACAUAGUGUCAAUCAAACAACCGAUCUAUUUAUAUGACGCCAAAUCACAACAACUGUUUCCUCAAGACGCUUUGCAAAACAGGCAGGUCCAGACCACUCUGUUGUCUUAUUUACAAAGCGCCAACGUCAAGAUAAGUGAAGAUUAAGUCCCAUCUUAUAAGCAAGGCUCGGUCUCAUAUUAUCCUAAUCUAUUGGCAGCAUUUAGAAAGUUAAAGUGGCAGAAAAAAAUCCUUUUAAUAGAAUCAUAAACAUCCAUCCACUGAAACUGUGCUGUGAGUAAACGUAAUUUUUUUAAUCAUCAAUAGAUGAAAAGGACGGUCUUGCAGUGAGUCUGAAGGAAUCAAGUCGAUUGGUUGAAGAGGCCAAGGAAAGAGAGGUUCAAAUGCAGAUAAAACUGAAGGCACUGGAGCAGCAAGUACAAGUUCUUAACGAGAGAGAUCAGGAGGUAAGUGCUGUGCAGACACUCAUACCCACAAAUCCUGUUUCCCUUCACCUCAUACUCAUACCUGCUCAGACCAAAAUAAUGGACAACCAGCAGUGAUUGAUCUCUCUUACAGCAGUUUCAGUGUUAUAGAUAAAGACCUUGGAUGUUUUUAGUGCUGUGUUCAAAUGUUAUGUACCACUCUCUCAAAUUGACCUAUAUUUGUAGAUACAUAUUUACAUACAGCAAUGUCACCUUUGUUCAUUAGUGUGUGUGGUGUUAGAGUUUAAUAUAGUGAUAUCUGUCCAGAACACAAAGAAGCAGAUGGUGGCAGAGGCUGCAGUGGACAGUAUGAAGCAGCAGAUGUUGGAGCUUUGCCGCUCCGACACUUUGUCCAAAGUGCGGCAGCAGCAUGACAGAGACCUUGCUGUCAUGAAGGAGCAGCAUGACUCUGCACUGUUAACCUUACAGCAGAAACUGGACUCUACUUCUCAGGCUCUGAACGAACAGGUCUGUACUGUUACUGCCACAGAACAAGCUUUCUAUGAUAAACUCUUUGGAACUUAGAUGAAUGAUGUUGGCUAAGUUCAAGACCUUUGUGAAUAUGGUAAAGUCUGUUGUUGUUGUUUGUCAUUCAGAUUGAAGUUUGUGAGAGGUUAGGACACCAAGUGAAACGGCUGGAGUGUCAGAGAGAAGAAGAGCAACUGGAGAGAGCCAGGGUAGUAAACACUCUCACGCAGCGUCUGGAGGAGAGUCAGCAACAGUGUGCCAAGCUGCUGCAGACCAGUAUGUAUUUCAUGCAGAUACUUACAACACAAUUUGGGCAAGUUUUUAUUUAAUUGACUGUAUCCCUUGUCAUCACACCUUUUCUAUUGUUACUUUGUACCCUGUAGGUUCAGUCCAGGAGCUGACUCAGAUCCAAAUCAAACUACAACAGGCCCAAUCAGCAAAGGCACUCAGCGAAAACAUGAACAAAGUUUUGCAGGUCGACUCUCUUUUUCCUGUUUCAUAAUGAAAAAACAAACUCUGAAAUUCUUCAAACAGAUCUCAGACAGAUGUUUAAAACCAUUUGGUAAUAUAUUUCUGUUCUUCAUCUUUUUUUUACUCUAAAGGAGGAUCUGUCUGAUUUAAAGGAGCAGAUCACUCUUUAUGAAUCUGCCUUGAAACAUGGAGUUAUCACAUUAGACCUGAGCAGCGAAUGGGAGAACCAGCUGUCUGAAUCCUGCGUGGAUUUAGGACUAAAGAAAACGAACAGGAAGAAUGGACUUCACAGGUACAUCAAGACAAUAUGCACUGUCUUUUAUCACUGAGGACUUUAAAACUAUAUAUUAUUAGAUUUUUUUAAGGUCCUUUUAAUAACCAUCAAAACCUUUGUCUCUCUGUUGUUGGGUCAGUACCGCCCUGGCUCACUUGUCAGACUCCAAGCUUCCCAAAGAUGAAGCUUUUCGGCUCUUGCGAGCUGAGAUGCAGCGCUGCUUGGGGAGUUUGAAGGGGAAGCGACAGAAGAUCAGUCAGCUGCAAGAGGAGCUCCAGCUCAGUCAGGGUCGAGUGGAUGAGCUGCAGACCCAGUUAGAUGAAGCCAAGCUCAGCUUAUCAGUGAGUACAUCCACCCACAGCAACCACACAAGCUGUAAGUUUGAUACCCUGACAAUAAGACGAAAAAUGCAAAUAGAUCAGGCUCUCUUAAAACAAACCUGAAAGGAUUUAUUUUCUAAAUUUUCAAUAUUUCUUGACAACAGCUAAAAUACUUGUAUAGAGGUACAGCAGAUAAAUUACAAAAGGUUAGAAUUUAUUGUCACUUAAAACGAUGCAUGCGUCCCACAGGUCAGAGAGACCAGUCAGAUGAAACAUCUGGACUUAACUGGGGAGUCUCAAAAAGAGUUCAUGAUACUACAGGAAGAAAAACGACACUUGCAGGAACAAUUUGAGGUGAGUUGUAGUUUAUGGGGCAGAUUACUGAUGCUUUUAAUCCUUUCUUUUAAAAACGAUUGAUCUUCUGUCCGAACUCCAGGUGUUAGAAAAGAAGAAUAAGGAGCUCAAACAAAGUGAGGAGAAGGUGAAGUCUGCCAACGCUGAGCUUUGUAGCAAGAUGAGAGAGAUGAUCCAAGAACUGGACCAGGAGAAGCAGGAGGCUGCAGAGAGGUAAGACACAAACAGGAGAACUUCAGCUGAAUUAACUUGAUGGUAUUUUUCUCCUACGAUCACAGUGGAGUAUAUUCAUGCAAAUUUAAUUUGAUUUUCUGGAGAUCUGAGCGAAUUCAUCAACAAUACAGGGAUGACGUGGUGAACCGGAUCAGGACAGAGCUCAUGCUGGAACAUGAAGCUCAGUUUGAACAGCUGACCGCACAGCAUCAGCAGCAGGUCCAACAGUUACAGUAAGCCCCCACCCCAACAUAUCUCUGAAAAGGAAGGUCAUCUAAACACCUUUGAGCUCAUUUACAGUGCCUGAUAUUUUUCCACAGGUCCCAGCUGUCUGAGGUCAACGAUAAGAUGUUGGCUGUGCAGGAGUGUUACAUAUCUGUCUGCAAGGAGAAGGACAUGCUGCAAGAAAGCACACGCAACAGAGAGAAAGAGGAGGCUUUGACAAGAGAUACUGAGGUAAUCCAGAUCACAAAAUGAAUUUAGAAUUUCAGAAGUUUGAGGCUCAUCAGAGUAUUGAUAAGAAAAUAGACAUAAUUUAGAAAUAAAAACAUGACAAACUAGUGAUCAUGAGAAAUAUUUCUGUGUUGAUUCUCAUUAGUAGGUUGAUCAUCGUAUCUAUGAUGAAAUUGUCUGUGUCCAGCAUUGAAUAUUUUGUGGACUGACAUCAAUUUAUGAUUGAUUGUUUGUUGUUUUCAGCAAAAGCUGAAAGAAGAAAGUGAUACAGCUGUGGUGAAACUGAGGGCUGAGCUUGAAGCUCAACAUCAGACAUCAAUAAACCAGCUCAAAGCUUUGUGGUCCAAAGAAAAGGAGACCGAGAUCCAGCUGCAGGUGAACUCUCAGCUAGACUUGGCAAAGGCUGCUUGGAAAGAAGAAUUAGAAAAGGUAUGAUCCACCUGUACUCACUGCAUGACUCCCUGAACUCCCAAUGGUGAUUAUACCGCAUGUUGGACCUUAUAGCUUUUACUGUUUUUGCUCAGGUGGAGGAGACCUGGGCACAGAGGCUAGAGGAGGCUAACAGAAAGAGAGACGGACAGACUGCCGAGCGGACUGGUAAGAUAGAGGAGAAUAAAGCCAGCAGUGUGACCAUCACUGUGGAGGAACUGGACUCAAGACUCAGCGCUCAGAAACAACAGCUGCAACUGGAAGCUGACAAAGUCCGAGUCAAAGCUGUUGAGGACGCCAGGAGACAAGUUAAGACGGAGCUGCAUGAGAAGCACCUGGAGGAACUGGCCAAACAGGUCAGAAGAUUGAGCUUGACCUGUGUUACCCAUUCAAGCAUUCUUAUAAUUCUCUUUCAUUGGGUUUUUCUCCACACAAAUUUAAUCAAGUCAGUCACUGAAACUUUAAAGUUCAUUUAUAAGUUCAGUGGAAGUUGAUUGUCACACAACUCAUCUACAUAAUAUUUGCUUGAGUCCUGAAAUAUCUCUGGCUGUCUUUCCAUGAGUAAAGAUUGAAAAAUGUAGAAGCUGACGUUAAUGUUUGUGUUUCAGGUUGAAGGUGCAGUUACCAGGGCCUACAUCCGCUGGAUUGAAGACUUGACCUCAUCACCGGAGUACCAAACUGCACUCCAAACCGAGAGAGAGAAAUGGGAAGGACUACAAGAUAAACACACAGAACAACAGGUAUGUCAGUUUUUACUCUUCAUUUGCUGCUAUCGCUCGGCUUCUCCUUUAUGGUCAUGUUCUUAAUACUUUUUCAUGCUACAGGUAUCUAAGGCCCUGAAAGAGGCGGAGGAGCACUGGCGUGAAAACCACAGGGACCAUUUAGAAAGGCAGAGCUCUGGUAGUCAGAGGAUGGAAGAGCUCCAAGAGGAAGUGGCAGCUCUAUGCAGUCAGCUGGAGCAAGUGAAGAGUGAACAAGCUGCCCUGCUAAAGGCUGAGCUGGCUGGAGCCAAAGCAGUUUGGAACCGAGACAAACAGCAGGAGAUCUCCCUCAUACAGGCCUGCACUGAGCAGGUGUACCAAAAGAAGCUGCAAGAGCAGCAGAAAAAACUGGGACAGGCAUUGCAGCAGGCCAGGGAGGAAGCAGACGUCCAGAAGAGGGAGCUGCUCCUGCAGAUGGAGGCCAAGCUUCAGCAGAAUCUGAGGGUUAGGGAAGAGGAGUGGAGAUGUCAGCAUGCAGAGAUGGAGGAGGUCCAAAGACAGCAGAUGAGAGAUAAAUUUGUGGCAGACACCCAAGCCUGUCUUGCAGAAGUCCAGAAGGAACUUCACGGGAAUCAAACCAAAACAGAUCACCAGGUCACCGAAGACACCAGGAGGAGCAGCGGCGCCUCAUCAGACAACACAGUAACACAAAUCAUCCAAACCUUCUGCAAAGAAAAUAUCAACAGAGCGGUUUGUCAGGCCAAGAAGGAAUGGAAGAAGGUAAGUCAUUUUAAUACUAUGUCUCAUUUGAAGGUGAAAAAAAGGACUUCACUUGUUCAUUGUUUAGGUAGACAAUGUUUUUGAGUUUGCUUUCUUUUGUUUCCACUUACGCCUCCUCAGAUCAGCGAGCAGAAACUGAGCCAAGUGUUAAAAGAAACACAGCAACAGCAUGAGAGAGAAAUGAACAAAAUACAAAGUAUGAAUGACUUUUCGAAUCCUUAUUACAUUCAGUAUAAACUAUUCCUGAUAGAGUCAGGACUGUAGUGGCCCUGAUGAAUAACGUUGUUGUUGUUGUUGUUGUUUUCAGGUUCUUUGUCUCAGAGGAAGGAGCAGACUCGCUGUAGGCAGGAGUGCUCUGAAGCUGUGAGUAAGCUGCAGAAGAAGAACCAGGAGCUCCAGAGACACUUAGAGAAAGCCUGUCGUCAACUUCAGAACACUGUUCGAGAGCACAAAACUGCCAUUCAGCAUUUGAAAGGUAUUUUUUACAUUUAUUCAAACAGAUUUACAUGAAUCACAAAAUACAUGUGGAUCUGUGAUGAUGGACUACAACAUUUUUUAUUAUAGAUGAGCAUGAAAGCAGCCGACAGAAAGAAAAAGAGGAACAUCUGCAGCAGCUGGAGGAAAUGAAAGCAGCCAGAGAGUCUUCGAGGUUUGUGUUGUUUUCAUGAUUUCUCGUCUUGAGUUCAAAGGUCAAUAACUCCAUUAAUAUACUGUUGUAACUCGUGAGUCCGCCAAACAUUGACCGAGUUUAUAUUUCUCCUCCUCACCUCUCUCCCUCUUGAAGACUUUGCUUAUUUUUGCAUUAGUUAAAACAUUACUUUGAGGCAAAUGUUUUAAACAUUUUAUAACAUUAAAAAGUAACCAAGUUGUAUAUUAUGUAUGAUAAAUCAGUCAGCCUUAAAUUGAGAGGAAAUAUUUCUUAAAUACGAUUCAGACUGAAUAUCGUAUUUAAGAAAUAGCUUUAAAUUAACAUAUAAAUCUUUUCAGUUUUUUUACCAUUCUUCAAACCCAAGUUGACUGUGGUGUUCAAAGAAUAUUGUAUAGGCAAGUAAUGAAUCAUUUAUGUAAAUACAAGUAUGCAAACAUGAAUUUGUUCUUUCUUUAGAAGCUCUGAUCAACCGCAAAAUCUUCAGGAAGGCCUGCAGGAGAUGAAGCAGCAAUACCUGAAAACUGUGGAGAAGAUCAGAGGUUAGCAUAAAAGCUAAACUGUGAUAUACUUACUCUGUGUUUGAAAUAAUCUACAGCUAGAGCUUAAAUGGAUAUUCCAGUGUAAAAUUAAUUUAGGGUCAAACACACCGUAACACCGAGUUAGACACCACAUGAUGCAAGAUUCCAUUUCUAAAUCAGUGCAAAUACAAUGUCUACAAGCUCCACUCUGGUUGAUGUACACAUUGUGAAUUAAAGCACAGAUUCUGUUCAUGUUCAUGGCAGGAGACAUGCUGAGGUACCUCCAGGAGAGCCGGGAGAGAGCAGCAGAAAUGAUCCGAACAGAAGUGCAGAGGGAAAGGCAGGACACUGCCAGAAAAAUGCGACGCUAUUAUCUGACCUGUCUGCAGGAGUUACUGGAGGAUGGAGGAAAAACUACAGGGCAAGAAGCCAUAAUUGUUGUAAACUUGUUUUUGUGCUUUAGUGUGGCUUUUCGCAGUUAAUGUAUUGAUCUCUAUUCUCUAUAGGGCUGAGAAGAAAAUAAUGAAUGCUGCAAGCAAGCUGGCAGCCAUGGCGAAGGUGCUGGAGACCCCUAUUAAGAGUAAAUCUGGAAAGAACAGUUUACAGAGUGAGUCCUAUUCUGCUGAACUGAUUGACUCCACUUUUCUGCUAUGAAAUAUUAAUGAUGUUUGAAUCUGUCUCAGGUUGUUUGACGGCUGCCUCCACAGCCGACUGCCCUCAAGGUAGACACGCAGGUUACAAGAAGACCCCUUCAACACUGCCUGAGCUCCCUGACAUCAGAUCGGAGAACAGGUCCCUCAGAGAAAACACUUCUGCAGAUUCAGAGCAAAAGCAAACUGCUGCAAUGAGGACUAAACCUCGGAGUCACCAGGACAGUUCUGCCUCUGGGAAAGAGGAGACUCCGUUAGCGGCUGGGCUAAAACACCAAACUUCUGCUCACUCACCACUCCUCACUCUUAGACCUCCUCAACAGAUGUCUUCUCUAUCCCAGGUGGAUUUUGUUGAUGUUUCUGUGAGGAGUAAAAGCAGGGAGUUGUACCUACAGGGAGUUGGCCCUAAACAAACAGACUUGCAGCAGCAGAGUCAACCAUUUGUCAUUCAGGAGGCUCCGGUGAGAGACGAGAGACGAACCGACUGGAGCAUGACCAGCAGUGACUCAGAAACAGGCUUACAAGUUGCCAGACUCUCCGUCUCAGGGAGGAAAGUUGAACCGGUCAAACCAUUUUCCGUUUCUCCUACAUCAGCCUGUGGUUUAUCGGAAUUUGGCGGCCUCACCCCAGAUGUUUCUGACUUGACUGUUUAUAAUGAAAUUGCUGAAAGGACCCCCUACACCCAGAACUUAAACUUUCCUGAUGGUAAGAUAAGUUUGCACAGAGAACCCACCCCUGGCUCUGAGGGCGAGAAGAAGCAGGGAGUUUGUCCCAGGCCUGUGGUGUUUUCUGAGCUGAGGCAGCGGCAGCAGGACAGCGGCUUUGACAGUCCGUUCUACCAACAGAAAUGACAAAGUGGGGGGCAGGCAUGAAAGGAGGUAGGAAGAUGAGUCUACAGUCAACUCAAUGAUUGUAGCCUAACAAUGAGUGCCUUAAAUGCGUGGUUUGAGCUUUACAUAAGAUAGAAUCUUGACCUUAUGUUGGCAAUGUUUAAUGUGACCCAUCAGGGGAAAUGAUUUACUAUACUGCCACCAAUCCAAGACAAAGCAGUGAAAGACAUAGAGACGCCAAAGUAUUGUGGUGUAUUUGCAGUGUUUAGAUAGUUAUUACUCACCGUUACCUUGAGAGGAUUGUUAGAUACUCUACCGCUGAACUAAAACAUGAGUGCUUUUUUUAGUGGAGAAGGUGUUGAUGAGCACACACUGAUAUUUCACUCCAGAGAAACAUCUUUCUGUUUUUGCAUAAAUGCUUCAAGCGUUUCUUUCCAACGUUGUGCUCGCUUGGUUAGGUGAAAAUUUUACAUCCCAGCUGAGAGCAGUCUUAGGAAAACAUUACAAGGUUGGAUUCUGUUGCCCCGCCCACUCUGUUCAGUUGUGAAGUCAUGAAUGAAAGAUGCUGAAAGCUUACCCUUAAAUCAACUCUGUGAGGGUUAGAUAAGGUUCAGGUUAACUCCAUGUUAUGUUCUGUUUUUCCAUGAGAUGUAUGUAUGUGUCUGUGA